AUGGAAGCAGCGGCAGCCCUCAACCAGAGCGGAGCGGCCGCUCCCCGGCUGCCGGCCGCCGGCGGCGGCAGCAGCAACGGCAACAACGCGUCGCUGGAGCUGUCGUCGCGGCCCCCCUCGCCCGCCGCCCUCAACCCCUGGGACGUGAUGCUCUGCGUCUCCGGCACCGCCAUCGCCUGCGAGAACGCCCUGGUCGUGGCCAUCAUCUGCUACUCGCCCGCCCUGCGCACCCCCAUGUUCGUGCUGGUGGGCAGCUUAGCCACGGCUGACCUCCUGGCUGGCCUCGGCCUCAUCCUCAACUUCGUUUUCCAGUACGUGAUCCGCUCCGAGACGGUCAGCCUGCUGACGGUGGGCUUCCUCGUCGCCUCCUUCGCCGCCUCUGUGAGUAGCUUGCUGGCUAUCACGGUCGAUCGCUACCUCUCCCUCUACAACGCCCUCACCUACUACUCGGAGAGGACAGUGCUCUGCGUCCACACCAUGCUGGCAGGUGCUUGGGGCGUCUCUCUCUGCCUGGGACUGCUGCCUGUCCUGGGCUGGAACUGCCUCCACGACCACGCUGCCUGCAGCGUCGUCAGACCCUUGACCAAGAGCAAUGUGACGCUGCUGUCUGCCUCUUUCUUUCUCAUUUUCCUCGUCAUGCUCCAUCUCUAUGUUGAGAUCUGCAAGAUCGUUUGCAGGCAUGCCCACCAGAUAGCUCUCCAGCAGCACUUUCUGACUGCUUCGCACUAUGUCGCCACCAAAAAAGGAGUCUCUACCCUGGCUAUAAUCCUCGGGACUUUUGGAGCCAGCUGGCUGCCUUUUGCCAUCUACUGUGUAGUGGGAGAUCCCGACUACCCUUCCGUGUACACGUAUGCCACACUUCUACCCGCUACCUACAACUCCAUGAUCAACCCCAUCAUCUACGCCUACAGAAACCAAGAAAUCCAGCGGUCCAUGUGGGUGCUCUUCUGCGGCUGCUUUCAGGCUAAAGUGUCCUUCCGCUCCCGGUCCCCCAGCGAUGUCUGA